UAAGUUUAAAUUGAGUAAACUAUCAAGAGUUUGCUUUAAAAAAUAUUUCAAAAAAAUAGAACUCAGUUCCCGUCAAAAUUCAACAAAAUUUCAAAAUGUUGCACGAGGCUUUGAUGCUCGAGAUCUACAGACAGGCGUUAAAUGCCGGCGCCCUGCCCACAGCUCGUCCCCGCUCCACGGAGUCGGCCAAUUCCAGCGAACGCUGCCCCUCCCAUGACUCCAACUCAUCGGAUAAUGGCGGCAACGGUGGCCAGCGAGGGGAUGCCGCCGCCGCCGGAGUGAUGCCCGGCGUGCCCACCACUCUGCACUCGACAUUCCCGGCGGUGCCGCAGUCCCUGCCCGCUCAGCCCCCCUCCAUGGAGGCCUACCUGCACAUGGUGGCAGCGGCUGCCCAGCAGUACGGAUUCCCGCUAGCAGCCGCGGCGGCAGCUGGAGCGGGACCACGCCUGCCCCUGCCGCUGGCCAACGAGGCGGCGCCGCCAUUCAAACUGCCACCCCAGGCCUCGCCCACGGCGUCCAGCAACAAUUCCGAGGCCCUGGACUUCCGCACCAAUCUGUACAGUCGGGCGGAGUCCGCCGAGCCACCGGCUUCGGAGGGCGAGGAGGAGGACUUCGACGAUGGCGCCAACAACCCCCUUGAUCUCUCCGUGGGCACCCGGAAGCGUGGCCACGAAUCGGAGCCACAGCUGGGCCACAUCCAGGUGAAGAAGAUGUUCAAGUCAGAGAGCCCGCCCGCCAAUCCCGUGGCCCCGCCCACCGCCAACCAACUUCUGCCGGGAGUGAACCCCUACCUGGCUGCCGUGGCGGCGGCCAAUAUUUUCCGAGCGGGCCAGUUCCCGGACUGGAACGGCAAGAGCGACCUGGUGGUCGAUCCUCUGGAGAAGAUGUCCGACAUUGUGAAGGGCGGAGCGGGGGGCAUGGGUGGCAAGGAGAAGAUGCACUCCUCGAAGGCCACGCCACCGCAGUCGGCGAUUCCGCCGCCCAAGAGUCCUGUCCAGUCGGCGGCAUCCAACCAGAACUCCGAGUCCGGCGGAGGACCCAGCUCCGGAAGUGGCGGUGGUGUGACCAAGGCCCGGCACAACAUCUGGCAGUCCCACUGGCAGAACAAGGGCGUGGCCAGCUCGGUGUUCAGGUGCGUGUGGUGCAAGCAGAGCUUUCCCACCCUGGAGGCCCUCACCACCCACAUGAAGGACAGCAAGCACUGCGGCGUCAACGUGCCGCCAUUUGGCAACCUGCCGAGCAACAAUCCCCAGCACCAGUCCCAGCACCACCACCCGGCACCGCCACCACCGCCCCAGAGCCACAACCUGCGCAAGCAGGGAUCCGGCUCGGGAUCGGGAUCCAAUCACUCGCCAUCGGCGAACGUGAAGAACGCCUUCCAGUACCGCGGAGAUCCGCCGACGCCCCUGCCCCGGAAGCUGGUUCGCGGCCAGAACGUCUGGCUGGGCAAGGGCGUGGAGCAGGCCAUGCAGAUCCUCAAGUGCAUGCGGUGCGGCGAGAGCUUCCGCUCCCUGGGCGAAAUGACGAAGCACAUGCAGGAGACGCAGCACUACACCAACAUCCUCUCCCAGGAGCAGAGCAUCUCCAUCAAGUCGGCCAACGCCAACUCCAACUCGGACGCCAAGGAGAGCCAGAGCAGCCUCAGUUCCGAGGAGAGCCGCACCCUGAGCGCCGUCCUCACCUGCAAGGUCUGCGACAAGGCCUUCAGUUCUCUGGGGGAUCUGAGCAACCACAUGGCCAAGAAUAAUCACUAUGCGGAGCCCUUGCUGCAGUCGGCUGGAGCGCGCAAACGACCGGCUCCCAAGAAGCGCGAGAAGUCGCUGCCGGUGAGGAAGCUGCUCGAGAUGAAGGGUGGAGCCGGUAACCAGGACGACAUCGCCGCCGAGAAGUCCGUGGCGCAAGGCAAGCCGGGCCUGGGACCUGGCGGAGGCGAUAAGAACGACGCCGCCCUGUUCGCGGAGCGCAUGCGGCAGUACAUCACCGGGGUGAAGUCCCCGGAGGAGAUGGCCAAGGUGGCAGCUGCCCAGCUGCUGGCCAAGAACAAGUCCCCCGAACUGGUGGAGCAGAAGAACGGUGGCGCCAAGGCGCCCGGCUCCUCCUCGGUCUUGAGUGCCAUCGAGCAGAUGUUCACCACCAGCUUCGAUACGCCACCGCGCCACGCCAGCCUGCCAGCCAGUAGUCCCUCCAACUCCUCGACCAAGAACACCUCGCCAGUGGCCUCCAGCAUCCUCAAGCGGCUGGGCAUCGACGAGACGGUGGACUACAACAAGCCCCUGAUCGACACCAACGAUCCCUACUACCAGCACUACCGGUACACCAGCAGCGAGAGGAGCGGCAGCGAGUGCAGCGCCGAGGCUAAGCCCAGGCUGGACGCCCCCACUCCCGAGAAGCAACACCCCACGCCGGGCGGGCAUGACGAGGAAGCCGCCAAGCCGAUGAUCAAGCAGGAGAAGGAUCUGGGCAGGGAGUCGGCGGAGCCCAUCAAAAUGGAGAUCAAGUCUGAGAUGGGGGAUGAGGGUACCGACGCCGAGGAGUCCUCCAAAAUGGAGACCACUCUGGUCAACGGCACUGCCACCAACAACAACAACAACAACAACGUGGAGAGAGGCUCCCCCAAGGCGCCCUCCGCAGCGGCCAGUCCUCAAACCCGGCUGCUACCGCCCCGCAGUCCCGCCGAUAGCCAAAGAUCCGUCACCCCCAAGUCGCCCGCCUCCAGUCACAAGUCCUACGACGGCAGCUCCGAGGGCAACAAGAAGUAUCCGAGUGAUUCCCUCAACGCUCUGUCCUCCAUGUUCGACUCGCUGGGCAGCAGCAGUGGUGCCGGUGCCGCCAAUACCAGGGCCAAGCUGGCAGCAGCGGCCGCCGCCGGAGGAGGUGGUGGUGCCGAGUCGCCGGAGAAUCUCAGCUCUGGCGGCAACUCGCUGGCGGCCCUGCGACAAUUCUGCGUCAAGAAGGAGAAGACCGCCUAAGUCCGCGAAUCCCGAGACGAAAAGCGAAACAGAAUCGUUUGCCUUGUUUUCGUUGUUUCGAGCAAAACGCAACAUUUUCAACAUUUUUUGGUUUGCCAGCGCCACGCCUCGCC